UCAAACGCCUACAUGGGACCACCCGCUCUCCUUUUGGCUCUCCCUGUGGCUCUCGUUUUGGCCUUGGCCGUCCCGACUGUCCUCCAUAGCCUUUCCUUAUUCGCAACGACGUUGCGAAGCGGUUGGGCCUUCGUCGUCUGCCAUCCUGGCCUGUCGGCCUUCUGGAACGCGAAGAUGGGCCCAAUAUCGAUUCCACUUGAGCCGCCGAGCCGGCCACAUGAUUUUCAUCAGUUGGGGUGGCAGCCCGGCUUCAUUGAUUGAUUGAUUGAUUGACCAGCAUCAAUCAUUGUCCGCCUGCUCCAGCAGAUGCGACCUUCCUGACACCCCCCUGCCCCUCACGUCACGGCUGCUUUGGGUCGUGACCCUCCCGCCUGUUUGCUACCGGCCGAGAUUACUAUUGUAUUGAGCCAAGACCCCCUUUUCGGCCAACCGUGGCUCCAUGGGGAGGGUCGAGCUUUUUUGCCGUCGAGCCUCGCUAUCUUGACUGUCUCUUGGGUUGCUGUCUCCUAGGCCUGCGUCCAAUGUCGGAUGAGGGGUUUACUGCGGCAUGACCGAGGCACAGCCAUCUUUCUCUGUCACCGGCACCAGGAGGACAACGGAAGCAGUCGAGACACCAGAUGGGCCGUGGUAUCGAUCCGACCCCUCGGUCCAUAGACGCACGCUAUCUCGUUCCAUCUCCAUCUCCGUCUCCCACUCACACACACGCACUGCAUCCGGUUAGAAAUCGCUGUGGGCCCUAUGCGAUAUCGCAGCCCUCAGGCUCGCCCAUCGUUCCUUCUGUCGUGAUUCAUCAUAAUCCUCCCCGCGCCCUGAGCACCAGAGCACCAGAACACCGCAGUACCUGACAUCUUGUGGCUGGCUUCCUGUGCCUGGUCUGUUCUGCCUGUCCAUGGUACCCAACCCGCCAACCGGGCUAGGUGUCCAGGCUAGGUGUCUAGGCUAGGUGUCUAGGCUAGGUGUCCAGGCUAGGUGGCCAGGUGGGCGACCGGGCUGCCUGGUAUCUAUCCGUCAUCCAUCAUCAAUUGGGUGUUCAGCCGGCCCUGCGCAUCCCCACUCCCCACCUUGCCUCCCCAUCUCGGCCUCCAACCUGGCGGGCUCAGAGCUGAGCACGAUUUGCUUGGCGGGCCAUCUUACUCGAAGAGCUGUUUGGAAACAUUGGAGAAGGGCGGCAUGCGUCGUGCCUGUCCUGCCUGCCUGGUCAUCACCCUCCUCCCCUCGCCGCGCCGCUUUGUCCCACCCGUCGCCCAAAUUCAUGCGACAUAAUUUGCAUAAUCAGCUCCGUGUGCAGCCUUUCCGACUGCCAGACCAAGUGCCUUCACACCAUAUCGCUGUAUUGGCCCGCCCAGUCAUUCAUCCAGCGGCCCAAGUCGUCCUUGGUACCAACUGGCCCUCCCUUGUUGUCUGGUUUCGGUAACAGCACACGUCUAGACCACGUGCCUCGUCUCCCACCGCGCCCCUCGACGCACGCUUCCUGAUUGCCCACCUCUCCCGCUGUACCGCACCCGCACCCCCGAGCUGAGCCCACAGCUCAAGCCCUACGACGCGCCCACCAUCGCUUUUCCGCCCUCUCCCAGUCUUGGUGUUUCGCCCCCGUCUGUUUUCUCGUUGUGCCUAUUCGGCUGGACUGUCGAUCGGGAAUCUCUGUGUGUUUGGUUUUCGGACCUUUCCGUCGGCGGCGCCUCACGGGACCUGUUCUACCAACGACCACCCCUCCGGGUCCGCUAGGCUGCCGUACCUCGCUUGGGGAACGGAUAUGCCCGACAAUCUGUCACGCACCCGCAUUUCCGCCUAGGCUUUUUUUUCUGCUGCUCGCCAUUGGGGGGAUUUUUCUUUUUUUGUCUCCUUGCCCUAUUGGCUUCUCCUUUGCUCGUCCGCCCUUGUGAGGUACCUAUUGCUGGGGCUCCCACGCAUCACGUCACUCUUUCCAUUCUUGUUCUUCUCCUGCUCUUCGUCUUUGACACUGCCCUGCCGUCGCGUCUCAAUCGGCUGGCCCCUCGCACCCGUAUCUAUUUAUAAACCACCUACACACAGACGGCGCGCACGACUGCACCAUGGCAGCUCCACCAAAGCCGGCACCCUCGGUUGUCACGGGACUCCCGCCGGCUGAGGAUGCGGAGAAGCUCAACGUGGUCGAGACUCCCACGUCGCCCUCAUCCGGCCUGGCCCUAUCACGCUUCGAGUUCGAGACGGGAAAGGGGAAUGAGGGAACCAAGAUCCUCAUGGUGGAUUGGGACCCAUCUGCCGCGGCCCGUGGCCCGCAGGGCGGAUCGACGUCCAUAUCUGAGGCCGACAUCGGCGACCCUUCUGCUGACUGGGAGGUUUCCUGGGAGGGCAAGACCACCGUUCUGCCCAUCCGCGACUCGGACUCCUCCGAGGGCGGCGCCAACCGGCGCGUCUACUUCCUUCUACCGCCCGGCGCCCCCAUCCCGCCGCUGGUGACCAUAUCCAAGGGCAAAGCCGUUGCCGCGCUGCACACCAAGCCCAUGCCCGCCAUCUUCCACCCGGGCCUCGGGGUGGAGUCGAGGGACGUUGGCACGCGGGGCGUCCUGCACACCAUCUGGGCCAAGAAGCGGCUCUCGGAACUGCAGGCCGAGGCCGACCGCGAGAUGAAGGCCAACGGCGAGAGCGUCGGGCUCGAGAUGGCCCUGCAGGAGAGGCAGUGGAUCAUCGAGCACUUUGGCCUCCCGAUCCCCGUCGUCGGGGCUGCCAGCCGGGCCCCGCCGACGACCCCCAUCAGCCCCACCCAACCUCGUUCGCCCAUCAUCGGGAGGCUCGGCGAGAAGUUGAAGGGCCUGAGGCUAGCCACCUCGCCCACGGACCUGGCUGCCGCAUCACAAGCCGCCAGACAAGCGCAAAUCUCGUCGCUAUCGCCGCAGGCCGCCGACGUUGCCGUGUCAUCGUACUCGAUGUUCCAUGAGCGGAGCGCACAUGGCGCCGCAGCCGAAAACGCCGGGGUCGCCUCUCUCGACGCCAUCAUUGGGGGAGGCCCAGGGGCGGCCGUGGUGGGCGGCGGGCCAGUCGGCUCCCUCAAAGACGCCGAUACGGAAGAGGACCUGUUCGCCCUGCCCAUGAGCCCCCGGAGUCCCGAGAUGAAGAGGAGUCCGUUCAGUAUGCUGUGAUGGGCGUGGGCUCUCGUACCUCUUGUGGGCUUUUGUGUGAAAAAAAAAAAAGUUGGAAUGGAUGAGUUCAUGACUAGAUGCCGCCCAGGAAAACUAUGUAUCAUUUGGUUAGAAGCACACUCGGGUUUGGCCGGGGAUUCAUUUCGGCCGAGCAGAAAGGUUGGCGUAGUUUUUGUUCUUCUAUUUGACCGUCUUCUGGCAGGUGCGUCAGGUUUCUUUAGAAUAAUGCGCCUCGGGGUGGCAACAGCCUCGCCAUGUUCAGGCUACUGCCGAGAAUCCCCGCGCAAAUCGUAGGGGCCGUUCUCAUGACCAAUAAUGCAAAAUCGCGUCCCCAAGGAGUUUUGCCGCGUGUCCUCUCACUCUAUUAUGAGCUCCCAAAAGAAACAUGCACAAG